GUGGGGAAAAAGAAGACGGGGAAAAGGAGGGGAGGGGGCAAAAAGGAAAGCCACCGUCCGUCCUGUGCGAUCCUCCCAAGCGAACACGACCAGAUCGUGGGGAGGGUGGUGCCCUGAUGGUCGCCGCGGGGGUGGCUGCCCGCCCGCUCGCUCACUCAACUUCCAAGCUUUUCCAUCCAGCACACGCUCCCCAAAUCUCUCGCUAAUCCUGCCCCCAAAAAACACAAGCGUCGCCAUGGCUGCCGCCAAGCCCGGCCCCUGCGCGGUGGCGGAGGCUGCUGAGUCCUUGCCGCUGUCAGCGCCACGGGUCCACCACUAGACUUGCACUAGGGGCCCGCGAGAAUGCUUGCCGCCCCCACCUACUAGAGCAACUACUCACUCGAUACCGACACUAGCACCCCGCCCAAAUCACUCGAGUUGGACGGGGUUCUUGAAUUCCCCUUUAAUUGCUUUUGUUGAUUUUCUUUGUUUUGGAUGUGUGCGCUUUUCUGCGGUUUAUAAUGGUGUGAUCUUGGCAGAUGGUGUAGGGGCAGGGAAGGGGAGUGGGAGAGGAGAGGAGUUAGUGAGAGAUGGGGGCGAUUGGAGGUGACGAGAUGGUGCAAUGGGACAAGGUGGAAGGAGCUGAGGUGGUCAAUGGUGGCAGAGGUGGUGCGGGAAAGCUGGAGAAGAUACUGGUUUCUGUGCGGCUGAGACCGCUGAGCGAGAAGGAGAUUGCAAGGGGGGAUCCUGCGGAGUGGGAGUGCAUCAAUGACACUACCAUCAUUGCCCGGAGCUCCUUCCCGGACCGGCCUACUGCUCCGACUGCGUACUCAUUUGAUAGGGUAUUCCAUUCUGACUGCAAUACCAAAGAAGUAUAUGAGGAAGGGGCCAAGGAGGUUGCCCUCUCUGUAGUUAGUGGCAUUAACUCUAGUGUUUUUGCUUAUGGUCAAACAAGUAGUGGAAAGACAUACACCAUGACUGGAAUAACAGAACAUACAGUAGCAGAUAUCUAUGAUUACAUCGGCAAGCACGAGGAGAGGGUGUUUGUUUUGAAAUUCUCAGCAAUAGAAAUAUAUAAUGAAGUUGUAAGGGAUCUUCUUAGUGCAGAAAACACUUCCCUUAGACUUUGGGAUGAUGCUGAGAAGGGAACAUAUGUAGAGAACCUUAGUGAGGUGAUCUUGAGGGACUCGGACCACCUUAAGGAGCUUAUUUCUGUGUGUGAAGCUCAAAGAAGAACUGGAGAGACAUACUUAAAUGAAAACAGCUCUAGAUCACAUCAAAUACUUAAACUGACCAUAGAAAGUUCAGCUCGUGAGUUCGUGGGUAAGGACAAGUCAACAACACUUGUGGCUAGUGUGAACUUUGUUGAUUUGGCUGGAAGUGAACGUGCAUCUCAGGCAUUAUCAGCUGGUGCUAGGUUGAAGGAAGGUUGUCAUAUCAAUAGAAGUCUGCUUACCCUGGGAACUGUCAUUCGGAAACUAAGCAAGGUAAGGAAUGGGCACAUACCAUACCGGGAUUCAAAGCUGACACGCAUAUUACAGCCUUCUCUGGGAGGUAAUGCAAGAACAGCAAUUAUUUGUACUAUGAGCCCAGCCCGAAGCCAUAUGGAGCAAUCAAGAAAUACUCUGUUGUUUGCAAGUUGUGCAAAGGAAGUGGUUACAAAUGCUCAGGUUAACGUGGUCAUGUCUGAUAAAGCACUAGUCAAGCAAUUACAAAGAGAACUUGCUAGAUUGGAGAGUGAAUUGCGAUGCCCAGCUCCUUAUUCUAGUCUUGAAGCAUUGGUGAAGGAAAAAGAUAACCAAAUCCGGAAGAUGGAGAAAGAAAUUAAGGAAUUGAAGUUACAGCGCGAUCUCGCUCAAUCUAGGCUGCAAGAUUUGCUCCAGGUUGUUGGAGAUAACCAUGUUUCAAAGCACCCCCUGGCUACUGGAAGAAACUUCACUUUCGAUGUUCCUCAGCCACGUGAAGAUGAGCAAUCGACAACUGAGUCAUCAGAAGUUGUCAACAGUGACCAAAAUUUUAGGUUUCUAGGACGCCGGGCGGCACAAAGAGAUCGUAGGUCACAGCAGUCUGAAAAUAAUGUGCAGUUUGCUACCCCUCCUAGCUAUUCAGUCAGCAGUCCUCCGUUCAGUGGGAUGCCCCCAACUAACAGCAGAGAUGAUACCUCUCAGAUCUCUAAUGAAGAUUCAGAGGAUCUUUGCAAAGAAGUACGAUGUAUAGAGACCAAUGAAACAGAAGGAAAUGAAUGUGUAGACUUGUCAGCUGUGGGAAGCAAUAGUCUGCAAGAUUCGAACGUGGAUUCUAGUAUGCAUGGGAAUAAUUAUUCAAAUCCAUCUGUGAAUCCUAUACAGCAUGAUAUAUCUUCUAUUACCCUGGAGCAACAUUUAGAGAAUGUCAGAAAGCCAUUUGCCAAUCUAGUCAAAGAUAUGGUAUCCUCAACACAUGACUCGUCAACCUCAAAAGUAAUCGGCAGAAGCCGGAGCUGUAGGUCUUUGAUGGGUUCUACUUUGUUUGAAGACUUGGAGAAGGAUGAUUGCACACCUCCAAGCAGAAGUUUCAUGGAUUUCCCAGGGAGACCUGAAGGGUGUCAAAGAAGGGGAUCUGCACUAAACUUCGAUGCAGAGAAUGAAACUUUAUCAAGGGCAGGGUCAAUGCUUUCUGAAAUUACUACCACGAGGGAUGAACUCAAGGCAAACAGCUCUGUUGCCGGUGACACAGAAUUUGCUGGCAUAGGUGAAUUUGUUGCGGAGCUGAAAGAAAUGGCUCAGGACCAGUAUCAGAAGCAACGUGGUGAUCAGGGUGAGAAUGGAGAUUUAGCAGAAGGAACCAUAAGGAGCGUGGGACUGGAUCCCAUUAUGGAUGCUUUGCAAUCACCUUCUCGCUGGCCAUUGGAAUUCGAGAAGAAACAGCAAGAGAUUAUUGACCUAUGGCAUGGAUGCAAUGUUUCCUUGGUCCACAGGACUUACUUUUUCUUGCUAUUUAAAGGGGAUCCAGCUGACGCCAUUUACAUGGAAGUGGAGCUUAGGAGGCUAUCAUUUCUUAAAGAUACAUACUCCAAUAGAGGCAUGGGAAAUAAUGUGUUAGCAGGCAGCCUGAACACUUCCCUGGUUUCAAGUGCAAAGAAGUUGCAACGUGAGAGGGAGAUGCUCUGCAGGCAGAUGCAGAAGUGGCUCACGAUUCAGGAAAGGGAGAGCUUGUACGCCAAGUGGGGAGUUUCACUCUCUUCCAAGAGGAGAAGACUGCAGGUCGCUCGGCGCCUCUGGACCGAAACCAAAGACCUGGAGCAUGUCAGAGAGAGCGCGUCUCUCGUUGCCAGAUUGAUCGGGCUCCUAGAGCCAGGAAAGGCCCUGAGGGAGAUGUUUGGACUUAGCUUUGCCCCACAGCAGUUCACCCGGAGAUCCUACAAUAGUUGGAGAUAUGGGCGUUCUUCCCUGGACUGAGUGAUACUCAGAAAGUGAAGCUGACGCGAAGAGGUUGUCGUUGCCGUAGUGAUUAUAGAAGUUUAAGAACAUUUGUAGGCCCCUUAAUGUAUUUCUGUAUGAUCUGUUGUCCGCUUGGUAUUUUAAUGGAACGAGUGGUAUAUAGAUGGAUUGAUCGUUUAUUCGUUUUGUAUGGGUGACAUUUGUGUGAAACAAAGUAUUGAGGGAGGUA